AUGGGCUCUGGCAUGGGAUCUGAGUUCGUCAAGGAGCACAACGGGACCGUCUGCCUGCAGCACACCGACCAGGAGCGCGAGAAGACCUACAAGGUGGCCGAGAACAUCGACGCACAGCGGAAGCACAUGGCCCAGGACCUCAAGGACAUCAUCGAGCACCUGAACAGGUCCGGGGGCCCCGCCGACACCAGAGACCCGCUACAGCAGAUCUGCAAGAUCCUCAACGCACACAUGGACUCCCUGCAGUGAAACCAGAACUCGGCCCUGCUGCAGAGGAAGGGGGAGGAGGUGACCAAGGUGUCCGAGGGGCGGCACAAGGAGCAGGAGUGCAGCUUCCGGAUCACUUUCCACUGAGCCCUUGGAUGGCCGCAGGGCCCGGGUUCCCAGUGUGUUCAGUGGGGGAGUGUGCGGUUACUGUCUAGGUUUUGUGUGCAAUGAAAUACUGUUUGAUUCUCUGUUUCUUUC